AUGGCCGUGAAUAGCUCUCUCUCACGCCUCCCCUCCACUCUCUCCCCCAAGCUCUCCAACUCCUCAAUCCCCACCUCCACUCACUUCCAACCCAAAACCAGAAUUCCAUUCUUCCGACAUUUCCAAAUGAACAACGGUGUCGUCCUGACCCCUGUUUCAGUCGUUUCGACCUCUGCCUCUGCCGUCGUUGGUGUCGGCGACGAAUUACCUCUAGACUAUGGCGACGUGUUCCCCCAGCCGGAUCCGAGCGAGCGCAGAAGAGCUGGCGUGGUCCUCCAUCCGACGUCGUUCCGUGGACCUCACGGCAUUGGGGAUUUUGGGGAGGAGGCGUUUCGUUUCAUUGACUGGCUUCAUGAAGCCGGGUGCUCCCUCUGGCAGGUGCUUCCGCUGGUUCCUCCUGGUAGGAAAGCCAAUGAAGAGGGCUCCCCUUACUCUGGUCAGGAUGCAAAUUGUGGUAACACUCUGUUGAUAUCUCUUGAGGAGCUUGUCAAUGAUGGUUUGUUGACAAAGGAAGAGCUUCCAAAACCAGUUGAUUCUGACCGCGUGAACUACUCAGCUGUUGCUGACUUAAAGGAUCCUCUGAUAGCUAAGGCUGCAGAGAGGCUUAUUAGGAGUGAAGGUGAACUUAAAAGUCAGCUUGAAGAUUUCCGUAAUGACCCGGAUAUAUCAAGCUGGCUUGAAGAUGCAGCUUAUUUUGCAGCAAUUGACAGCAGUUUAAACGCUUUCAGUUGGUACGAGUGGCCUGAACCUUUGAAAAAUCGCCAUCUAGCAGCCUUGGAAGACAUUUACCAGAGCAAACAGCAUUUUAUAAAUAUCUUCAUUGCUGAACAAUUUUUGUUCCAAAGGCAAUGGCAGAAAGUUCGCAAGUAUGCACAGAUGAAGGGAAUCAGUAUCAUGGGAGACAUGCCCAUUUACGUAGGUUAUCACAGUGCAGAUGUUUGGGCCAAUAAAAAACAUUUUCUGCUGAACAGGAAUGGUUUUCCUCUUGAAGUUAGUGGUGUUCCCCCGGAUGCUUUCAGUGAAACUGGUCAGCUCUGGGACAGCCCUCUAUAUGAUUGGAAAGCAAUGGAGAAAGAAGGAUUUUCAUGGUGGAUACGCCGCAUGCGAAGAGCACAGAAUAUAUAUGACGAAUUCAGGAUAGACCACUUUAGAGGUCUUGCUGGCUUUUGGGCUGUUCCUUCUGAAGCAAAAGUUGCCAUGGUUGGACGAUGGAAGGCCGGACCUGGAAAAUCCUUUUUUGAUGCCAUAUUCAGAGCAGCUGGGAAGAUUAACAUAAUAGCUGAAGAUUUGGGAGUCAUCACUGAGGAUGUAAUUCAGCUAAGGAAAUCCAUAGGGGCACCUGGAAUGGCUGUCCUCCAGUUUGGUUUUGGAAGUGAUGCUGCUAACCCUCAUUUACCUCAUAAUCAUGAGCCCAAUCAAGUUGUUUACACUGGAACUCAUGAUAAUGACACGAUUCGAGGGUGGUGGGAUGUUUUGAAGCAAGAAGAGAAGUCCAAUGUCCUGAAGUAUCUUUCAAUUGCUGAAGAAGAUGAUAUCUCAUGGGCACUCGCAAAAGCUGCAUUAUCUUCUGUGGCCCGAACAGCAAUCAUACCUAUGCAAGAUAUUCUUAGGUUAGGAAGUUCAGCAAGGAUGAACAUUCCUGCAACUCAGUUUGGAAAUUGGGGUUGGAGGAUACCUAGUUCCAGGAGCUUUGAUAGCUUGGAGACAGAAGCUUUGCAACUGAGGGAAAUGUUGUCGAUGUAUGGGCGGCUGUAA